CUUAGUGAAACCUUGUACAUGAAGAUCCACCAACUCCAGUAAGGUUCCGUCAAUAUUGAGGGUGUACCUAGGUACACUAUCGUCAAUUUUACUUCCCAACGAACCCUUACCUCCAUCCAUAGCAUUUUUGACAAUUCGUCUUGAAAGUCUAGAAAACCUAUGCAUUAAUAGUUCGCAUGCCGUAGAAAUGAGAAGCUAUAAAACUAGAAGCUCUCCGGCAUGGAUCACGAAGAGGAGCCUCCUCAUAGCAACAAGGUAGAACUUGUAGCUUCGACUGGGGAUAUAAUACAGCAUCAUGACGAUACAAACGAUGCACUUCAAGGCUACUUCGAGACGGCUCAAUGGACUGCGGACGGCACCACCCUCCUAACAUCGUCCUCAUCAAACCUAAUCUCCGGCUACAUCAUACCCGAAGACUUACUCUCCCCUACAGCUAGCCGGCCCCUUAAGCUCACGCCCCAAGCCAGCAUCCAACUCCCGGAACCAAGCAAUGUUCUAGCAGGAGCGCCGUAUUUCCGGCUCACGGAGCCCUGGACGCAGCAGCUCCUUGUCUCGAGCCGAGACCACCCCAUCCAACUCUUCUACCUAGCUUCCCCAUCCCCAUCUUCAUCCCCGUCUCCAGCAUCCAGCUACCCUUUAACCCAAGCCCGUUCCGAGACCUUCCUCACCGCCACCGCGCUCGUCUGGCCCUCCCCAGGCACACACUUCAUCGCCGGUAGCCGCAACCUCCUGGCACGUUUCGACGUGACUCGCACUGGCGAGGAGCCCGUCCUCCGCGUCAAGACCAUUCCUUCGGAGCGGCAUAUAUCCAAAGGCGGCGGCGUCGGUAUGCGCGGCACCAUCUCCUCGCUCGCCGCCCAACCCCCCGACGCGAACUUCGCCAGCCUUGUUGCCGCUGGCACCUGGACCCGCUGGGUCGGUCUAUAUGACUUCGCGCAGUCUGGCGGGUCCUGGGCCGCCACGUGGAACAUCGCAAGCGCAGCCAACGAGGAGGCAUGUAUCGGCGGUGACGGCAUUACCCAGGCGAUUUGGAGUCCCUGUGGCCGGUACUUACUACUCGGCGAGCGCAAGUCAACAGGCGUCCUGGUAUACGACGUACGUGUGACGGGGAAAUUACUCGGGUGGCUAGCUAGCCGCGAGGCGCUCGGCAACCAGCGGAUUAGCUGCGAUGUGUUUCCCGGACAAGGCGGGAGUGAAGAAGGGGGUUUCGAGGUUUGGUCCGGGACGACGGACGGUGCUGUUAAGAUGUGGGAAGGUGUCGGGACUCGCGAGGGUGCGCACGAACCGGCUUGGAGUUGGGACGCUGCCCGUAAGUCGACUGUGGGGAGUACGUGUGUUCAUCAAAGCGGUACUGUAGUCGCUACUUGUUCUGGAUCCUGGGAGUUUCCAGAUGACGAUGACGGAGAUAACGAGUCUCUAUCGCAAGACAGCAGCGGCAGCGAUGACAGCGGGGAAAGCGAUGAUAGCAGCGAUAUUUCAAGGCCCGCGUCGCCUUGGAUGCGCAGACGAAAUAAAGAAAGUAGCUUGAAGAUAUGGAGCAUAUCGAAUAACUCUGAGGAAACAGAGCCUUAGGAAGACGUAUAGUGGGCUAGACGGCAAUGAUACCCAUAGGUAAAUCGUGUAUACUCAUUUCAUUAUAUCAUCGCUUCUCGCACCCGGAAUUAUUUGCGAGUACGAGCCUUUAUGGAACUUCUUGACGUCGAAUUACUUCGUUCCCACUCAUUUAUGAAGCUGUCUAAAGCAGUUGGUAAGCCAAUUUCAGGCAAGUAGCCAACAUCUUCU